CCUGUGGCAAAUCCCCGGAUUAAAAGGUUCCCCGGUUGUAAAACUAGAUGAGAUAAACCAUGAAGGCAACUAUCAUCUUUCUCCUGCUUGCACGAGUUUCCUGGGCAGGACCAUUUCAACAGAGUGGCUUAUUUGACUUUAUGCUAGAGGAUGAGGCUUCUGGGAUAGGCCCAGAAGAUAGAAAUCAUGCGCUUCCUGACUUGGAGCCACUGGGGCCAGUGUGUCCCUUCCGUUGUCAAUGCCAUCUUCGAGUUGUCCAGUGUUCUGAUUUGGGACUGGACCAAGUGCCAAAGGAUCUUCCCCCUGACACAACAUUGUUGGACUUGCAAAACAACAAGAUAACGGAAAUCAAAGAUGGGGACUUUAAGAACCUGAAGGAUCUUCAUGCAUUGAUCCUUGUCAAUAACAAAAUUAGCAAAAUCAGUCCUGGAGCCUUCACACCGUUAGUGAAACUGGAACGACUUUAUUUGUCCAAGAACCAGCUCAAGGAAUUGCCAGAAAAAAUGCCCAAAACUCUUCAGGAGCUGCGUGCCCAUGAGAAUGAGAUCACCAAAAUCCGCAAAAGUGUGUUCAAUGGAAUGAACCAGAUAAUCGUCCUAGAACUGGGCACCAACCCACUGAAGAGCCCGGGAAUUGAAAAUGGAGCCUUCCAAGGAAUGAAGAAGCUCUCCUAUAUCCGUAUUGCUGACACUAAUAUAACCACCAUCCCUCAAGGUCUUCCUGCUUCCCUUACUGAGUUACAUCUUGAUGGCAACAAAAUCUCCAAAAUUGAUGCAGCAAGCCUGAAAGGACUGAAUAAUCUGGCUAAAUUGGGAUUGAGUUUCAACAGCAUCUCUGUUGUGGAUAAUGGUUCUCUGGCCAACACACCUCAUUUGAGAGAACUCCACUUGGACAACAACAAGCUUAUCAAAGUGCCUGGUGGAUUGGCAGAACAUAAGUAUAUCCAGGUUGUCUAUCUUCAUAACAACAAUAUCGCUGCAGUUGGACCUAAUGACUUCUGUCCACCUGGAUACAACACCAAGAAAGCUUCUUACUCCGGUGUGAGCCUUUUUAGCAACCCUGUCCAGUACUGGGAGAUCCAGCCCUCCACUUUCCGAUGUGUCUAUGUGCGCUCUGCCAUUCAUCUUGGAAACUACAAAUAACUCCUUAGAAAGUCCUCAUUUUUAUAACCUGGCAAAAUCCCAUUAAUGGCAUUGCUAAACAAAACAAACAAAAAAUGAAAGCUAGAUUCUGGAAACCUAAAUUCUGGAAACCUAACUGCAAUAUGGAUGUUUUUCUCACAUGAUUUAUUAUGCAU